GCUCCCGCCUCCCCGGGCGAAGGCCGUGGGGCCGCCGCAGGUGAGGCCGCCGGGGCGCCGCAGGUGUUGGUCCCGAGCCAGUGGGCGCUCUCGUCCCGGCUCGUCCUUCUCCGGCGCAGGCUGCACUUGGGACCCCGCGGGAGUUCCCUCCCGUCGGUGAGCCGAGCGGGGCCGGGGAGCGCUCGGGGCCGGGCUGAGCGCCGGCCAUGUCGCGGAGCUCGCAGGGCGGGCGCCCCGGCAGGUCCCCGCUGCCCCGCGGGGCCAGCCCCGGGUCCGCCACCGCCCCGCUGCCGCCGCCCCCGCUGCCCCUGCAGCCCCCCUUCGGCCCCGGCGGGGCCAGCCCGGGCCCCAGCGGGCCGGCAGAGCUCAAGCCCGUUCGGCGGUUCAUUCCGGACUCGUGGAAGAACUUCUUCAAAGGGAGACGCCACCCCGGCUCCAGCUGGGAUAGCACGGCCUCCGACAUCAGGUACAUCUCGGACGGGGUCGAGUGCUCACCGCCUGCUUCUCCCGCCCCGCUGCAGGCGGGGACCAGGACGGUGCCUGGCUCCUACACGGACCCAUUCGGGGGGUCGGGUGGGAGCUACAACUCUCGGAAGGAGGCCGAGGCCAUGCUGCCCUCGGGCUCGCUGGAGCGCCGCGCCGGCACUGGGCAGACUUACAGCGAGCGGGUGGAGGAAUACCACCAGCGGUACGCCUACAUGAAGUCCUGGGCAGGGCUGCUCAGGAUCCUCGGCGUGGCCCAGCUGCUGCUUGGCGCCGCCGUCUUCGCCUGUGUCACCGCCUACGUACACAAGGACAACGAGUGGUACAACAUGUUCGGGUACUCGCAGCCCUACGGAUACGGGGCGGGCAGCGCCUACGGGGGAUACUCCUACAGCGGGCCCAAAACGCCUUUCAUCCUGGUGGUGGCGGGAAUGGCGUGGAUCGUCACCAUGGUGCUGCUCGUGCUGGGCAUGUCCAUGUACUACCGAACUAUCCUCCUCGAUUCCAGCUGGUGGCCUCUGACCGAGUUUGGGAUCAAUGUGGCCUUGUUCAUCCUGUACAUGUCGGCUGCCAUAGUGUACGUAAACGACACCAACCGAGGUGGGCUCUGCUAUUACCAGUUGUUUAAGACGCCGAUAAAUGCGGCUUUCUGCCGUGUGGAGGGCGGUCAGACUGCGGCAAUCAUCUUCUUGUUUGUCACGGUGAUCCUCUAUCUAAUUAGUGCGGUGGUUUGCCUAAAGUUGUGGAGGCACGAAGGGGCCAGGAGGCACAGGGAAUUAAUGGAACAGGAGAUGAAAACACAAUCCUCUUUUCCAGAAAAGAAGUAUGAAGGUGAUGACAGACCAAGGGAAGAAGUCAGUUACAGGCAGCUCAAAUCACUGGAAAGAAAACCAGAGCUACUUAAUGGUCAUAUACCUGCAGGCCACAUUCCUAAACCUAUAGUGAUGCCAGACUACUUAGCGAAAUACCCUGUAAUUCAAACAAAUGAAAUGAGAGACCGGUACAAAGCAGUAUUCAAUGAUCAGUUUGCUGAGUAUAAAGAACUGUCUAUGGAAGUUAAUGCUGUACUAAAAAAGUUUGAUGAGCUGGAUGCAUUGCUGAAACAGCUUCCACACCAUCCUGAGAGCAUAUAUGAACAGGAAAGGAUAUCAAAAGUUCUGCAAGAAUACAAGAAGAAGAAGAACGAUCCUGCAUUUCUGGAGAAAAAGGAGCGUUGUGAAUAUCUGAAGAAUAAGCUUUCUCACAUAAAACAACGAAUUCAGGACUAUGAUAAAGUUAUGAACUGGAAUGUAGAAACUUAGUAAUGCCUUCACUUAAUGGAUACUAUUUUCUGGUUUUAAAAUCGAUAUGUGUAUUUUAACCUAUUUAUUUACUCUUUGAACAGUACACUUAUGGGGAUUACUUAAUCACUGUCAUAUGUUUGGAUGUUGUACAUUACUGAUAGGUUUUGUAAGCAGAACCAAUUGUAAUUGAAGCUAUGAGAUAAGUUGGGAAAAUGCUGCUAACGUUCCGCUUUCAUUAGUGCAAAUCCUGGCCUCUUAAAUAUGAAUACUUUAUUUGAAAAUACUUCAUUUGCAAACUUGCAAAGCCUGCCAGAGAAAACAGUUCCCACAUACCUUGUGGAAACUGUGCACAGAAAUGCUGUUAAAAAUUUUGGAUUUUAUUUCUUUGUGACAUCUUAAUGAUAUCAGAAAGAGCUGAGCUGUUCUUUCUGUGUGGGGUUUGAUGCACUGCCUGAUUGUGUUGAAUAUUUUGGGCAAUUCAUAAGCUAGUUUAAUAAGAAAUUUUGUAUUUUAUUUCCAAAUGCUGUCAAUUAUACCAGAAAUCAUCUUGAAUUUUGUCUAGCAAGAAAGAAAAAAUAGCUUCUUAUUUAACCAGCAGGGGGAGGGGGACCUGGGUUUGGUUUUUGUAUUGCCCUCUUUAGAGAUGAUGCAACAAAUCUAUACAUGGCCUUAAAGGAGUAGAGGUAUAGGAUGAGACAUAUUAAUGUCCCAUUAGUGUUGCUAUAGGUCAGUGUGCUCUGCCUACCUUCUGGAUCAUGCUGUUAGGGGUAUGUGUGUUUAAGGGCUUCACUCUUCAUCAACAAGUAACAGGACUUCUUGUCUAUACAGUAGCUGUUAAUGAACUUGGAAUUCAGAGAGUGAGUACAGCAGAGUGAAUUCUCCUUCAAAGUAUAAAUUGUUAGUAUCCUUUUUAAGGCCAGAUAAAAUGUAUUAAAAGACAUAGCUUUCUGGAGGAUAUUUACAUCAAUUCUAUAUAUAUUUUUAUAUUUUCUUGGGGAUAUUAUGCUGGCGAUAGGUUUGUAUGUGCAAGUAUUUUCAUAAGCCAGUAAAUUUUUUCUUUGUAUCCUUUUUCAUAUCUUUAUUUACUUUAACUUUUUUACUUACUAUAAUUGUUAGAAGCUUUGAUAGUUUUUGUACAGUUUUCUACAACUGUAAUUUGUCUGUUCUGAAAUACAUUUUUUAAUAUUAAAAAAAAACCACCAGUGUAGCCAUAUUACUCUAUUGCUUAUAAAGACAUUUUGUUUGAAAAAGGUGCUCUAAUUACAGUUACUGCAAAUUUUUGUUAGCAAUUUGUUUUUUCUUUGAAAGAAAGUUUUAACUUCUGCCUUAAUUUAAAGGAACAACAUCAGGAAAGCCAUUUCCAGUUUAGUGUGGUCAUGGUAGUACUACCUCUGCUCUUCACUGCUGGAAAUGUAUUAACAUACCUCACUCUGACCAUUGUAGCCCUGCUGGUUUUUCAACCCUUAUCAUUCAUGCUGCAAUCCUGAUGGCCAUGCACCCACCUUCAUACUUGUAAAAUUGACAUUCCAAUUUUAUCAGCCAUUUAAUUCCAAGAGCUUUAGUGGAUGAAGUAAAUAGCUCAAGAUGCCAUGGGAACACUGAGAGAAUUUGAAAAUUUGGCACGUCUUAAUUUCAAAGCUUUCAGUCUCAUCUAUUGGAAGGUGCCUCACUAUUUUCAUCAUUCUGAGAAUAGGUGACAGCCAGUGAAAUGCCUUGUUCUCUCUCUCUCUCUUUUCUGUGCCUUUCUCUCUGGUUCUGGUUUGUAUUCAUUUCAAAGGAGAAAACUCACUUCCUUAUAAAGGCGAUGGGCCAAAUUUUUAUACUUGUUGUGCUGAAUACCUGUUAAAUUGUUCUUUGUAAGAGAAGUACUUAUUCAGAUCUCCACAAUCUAAAUAAAUGACCUCUCACACUCA